AUGAUUACUGAUGUUCUUAAGACAAAGUCUGAUAUACCAGUAAACUCUGACGCUCCAAACUCUGCUUCUCCUCCAAAGCAAAAGAAAAGAAGAAGGCUUGUUGCAGCAUAUGACUUUGAUGAUCUUGAACCUGCACAAGAUGUAAACUCUGAACCUACACCUACACCAACCAAUGAACCUGCUCAGUCUAGUCCUCAACAAAAACCAGCUAGAUUCAAAAGAAGGGCACACAAGCCAAAGAGAGCCAAGAUUCCAGAAUCUGAAAUUACUGAUUUCACUAUCCAAGAAGAGCAAACACCAUCAAGUCCAAUUCCUGUUGAUCCUUCUCAAGCUCUGAUGGUGGAACCUCUUCAAGCUGUUCCUAUCACUGAUGCCACACCAUUAUCUCCUACAACAUCUCCUAAAGCAUCUCCUACAGCAUCUGCAGUAGAUGAAGAGAUCAGGUGUGAUGAACCAGUUACUGCUGCAGCUGGAGCAACUCAGUCUGAUUGUCAAACUCCACUAUCUGAUCAUGGUCAAAUUCCUCAAUCUCCAAUGAAAAUUCCUAAGGAUGCCAUUGUUCAUGAUACAGCUCCAGAGAACUACAAGUCUGAUGCAGUUGAGGAAAGUGACAAAGUAGCUGUGGAAGCUUUACAAUCUCUGGCUCAGACUGGUGAAGAGCCCAUCAAGUCACAGUCUGAAGAUAAAGGAAAAUCUGCUCAGGAUAAUGUGGAGAAAGUUGCAGAUCCUGUUCCUGCAGAUGAAAAAGCAAACUCUGAUACUGAGGAUGAUACCAGUUCAGAUACUGACAAGGAUGACAAUGCUGAAAUCCCUUUGACACAACAGAAAUGGGAGUCUACUAGCCAGUUCAAUGCAAGAUUCUGUCAGCUCAUAUUCUCUUAUUGCUUUCCUGAUGUGCCCAUUCCUGAAACUGGUAAUGAAUUACCUUUUAAGAUCACCAAACGUGCUUUUACUGAUCUUAUUAAGAAGGAUAGCAAGAAACCACAGGUCCCGGUAUUUGCCAUUCCUGUGACGGUACAGGAUAAGUUAAGAGUGGCUUUACCUGAUAAGUAUACAGCUUUAUUCUCUGAUGAGAAUAUACCACAGCCUUCACCUUCUACUGUUGAUCCAGAACAAGUCCCAACCUCUUGUCCUUCUCAAAAGGGGCCAGUUGUAAAAUCUACUCACACACUACCCUCUGGUUCUUCCCAACAAGGGCCAGUUGCAAAAUAUUCACCAAAGAGGAUUCUCAGGUCCACUAAAUCUCCAACCAAACCCUCCCCUCCUCCCAGAAAAAGAAGAUUUCUGCAGAAAAUAUCAGACUCUGAAUCUGAUGAAGCACCUCCACCUCCUCCACCAGCAAAGAAACAGAGAAAGAAAAUCAAGCCAACCACAAUUACUGAUCUGACUGUUGAGCCACUUCAGUCAGAAGAUCCAACACAGGCUUUGAUCCCAUUCUCUGAUCAACCCUCUAGUGCAGAGCCUGUUAUGAUUGAACCCAUCACAGCAAUUCCACUUGACACAAUAGCAGCUGACACACAAAUGUCAGAAUCAUUCUCUGAGCACAAUGAUCAACCAACAAUGACAAAAUCUGAUGAAGGGUUGAAGUUGAAUCAGGAAUCUCUGAUUCAACAUGAACAUAUCAUUGCAGCUGAUACUCUUGUGUCAGAAAUAGCUUCUGAUGUCCCCAAUCAAUCAGAAGAUGCACAGAUAGAGAUGGUCUUGCAAAUGAUUCAGGAUUCUCUGCUUCAACCUGAAGCUAUUGUUGCAGCUCCUGCUCAGGAGAUUACUGAAGCUGCAAACUCUGAUGCAGCUACUGAAGCUCUAGAAUCUCAUACUCUGAGCAUCUUUGCUGAUGAUAUUGAUGAUGAUGGUGCAACAGAGGUCACAUCCACUCCCAUCCAGACACCUGGUCUUCACCUCUCAAUCUCUGAGCCAGUGAGAGACAAUACAACUGAAAGGGCUGAUUCUCAAAUUAAAGUACUAUCACCUGUCAAAGAAUCUUCUCCUAUCAGAGCUCUCACAGUUCCAAGCUCUCCACUUCCAUUCUCUGUGCCUGGCAGAAGAAAAGUCUGCAAUUUAACUUAUUAUCAAAGGAUGGGCAGAGCUACACCUCCUUCUAUUGAGGACAGACUCACUUCCAUUGAAGCCACUCAAAUGUCUAUGCAGCAUACUCUGACUGAUUUGAGCUCCUCUGUAGCUCAGCUGGUUCAAGCUCUUACCUCUGAUAAUGUCAAAAAGGGGGAGAAAGUGCUUAAAGACAAAUGCAAAAAUGACCAGUUAUUAAUAAGAAAAAAGUCAGAUGAUGAUGAUGAAGAGGAAAAGAAGGAAGCUGUUAAUGAAGACAAAUCCAUUAAGCAGUUGGUACAGGUCAGGAGCAAUAAGGAUGCAGUCUCUGAAAGACCCAGAGAAUCAAAACAGAAGCACCAGUCUAUGGAACUGACUGUUAUGUCUCAAGCUCAGAACAUAAGUAAAGCAGUCAGAGAUUCAGAUGUCAUAUCCAAAGAAAUAGCUCUUGUAAAUUCUGAGGUUGAAAAACAGAAAGAAGUUCAAAUUUCUGGAGCUGAUAAGCUGAUUGAAGCUGGAGACCCUGAGUCUCAGAAGUUCUGUCAAACUCUAAAGUUCAGAGGCAGAGAAACCACUCUUUUCUACAAAUCUCCUUCCUUGCAAGCAAUUGAUGAAGCCAUGGCAAGGAAAAUAUUUGAAAAGGAGAAUCCAGGAGUUGAUAUAGAAGCUAUCAGACUUGAGGAAGAAAGACUGGCUGCUGAGAAGAAGAAGAUCAGCAAGACAAAACCAAGAACCAGGUCUCAAACUCAAUCUGAGUCUGAUGCAGUAGAUAAAGGGAAGAAACCUGUUGAUGGAGUUCCUUCAGUUCCUCCUGUGAUAAAGAGAUCAGUGAUCAAGAUAGCAUCAGAGAAUCCUUCUCAGAGGAUGUUAAAGCUAAGCAGAAAUGCAAAUAUAAUUACUAAUGUAUCUGAUCAAGUGGAAGAAAAGGAAGCUGGUUUAACCAGAAAAAGAAAAGGUGAUAGCAACCCAAUCUCUGAUAUGACUUUAACCACUAACAAUGCUCAAGUUAAAGUUUCAGCAACAGAAGAGAAAGUUGAAGACAAUAAAGCCUCGAGAUGGUCUGAUCUGAUGAAGAGGACAAUCAGUGAAAAGAGAAGAUUUUAUGGAGUAAAGUCUAAUGAGGAAUACAUUUCACAAAUAGCUCAAGAUGAUGGUUCUGAAAUUAGCAUGGAAAAGAAUAGCUCUGUGAUGGAGACUAUUGCAAAUACCAGAAUCUUGGGUUAUAACAAUGAAGCAGACAGGCCAAGAGUAAUACAGCUUGGAGAGGCAAUGCAGAGAAGCAAAGUGAAUGCUUUGAGAGCAGCUAUCUAUAAAACUGGGGAUGAAACUGAAGAACUCAGAAAUGUCAAAGCUCAGAUGAUCCAGACUUUGAAGCUGAAGGAAGAAAAUCUGAUCAACCAGUUUGUCAGAGAAAGCUAUGGAUAUAGGUUGAUUUGA